CAUGCGCUACUAUGUGAAUUCAUCUCAGGGUGCGCUUAUAUCUCGGGGUAGUAGCGCAUGCGCCAAUACCUCGAGGUAAGGUGCCAUCUUUGCGCAAUUGCUGUCGGGUUGCAAUCUGCUUGCAUGGCAUCCAGAAGAAAGUCGUACACAUUAGAUUUUAAGCGUCGCGUUGUGUCGAGCCUUACUCUAAAUGAGGGAAACGUAUCAGCCACAGCGAAAAUGCAUGGAAUUCACCGUAAGCUUGUUCAGAGUUGGCGAAAACAGCACGCUGAACUCGAGAAACUCGCCACUGGGAGAGAUACCACAGGAAGGAAGCGUCGGCGUCUUCUGCGAACACCUAAAGACGGGUCUUCGGCGACGUUUCCGGAAAUGGAAGUGCGGCUGCUUGAGUGGAUUCGCUCAUGUAGGGAAGACGAUCACGUACUUCUUGACGGCGCAUCGGUGAAAAAACAAGCUCCUAAGCUGUAUGAAGACAUCUAUUUAGAAGAGCCAGGAGACACAUUCCAUGCUUCAAACGGAUGGCUACACCGAUUUAUGAAGCGUCAUCGCCUUUCCACACGAACAGUAACAACGGAGGGGCAAAAAAUUCCGGCAGAUGCCGCUGACAAAGCAAGAGAGUUUAUUGAAUGCUCAAAAUGGUUGUUCACAUAUAAGCGCAUGCGCCUAUAUCGGAAUGAACGCGUUAAUUUUUGGUGAAAGCCGGUUUUCACGUAUAAGCACAUGCGCUUUUAUGUGCGGUAAUACGGUAGGCAUAUCAGUGGCAGUAGUCUGUCUAAAUCUCUGGUCUACAAAUUGCUUCUUC